CUUAUGAAGACCUGCAAACUUCGCCUGACAUUUUCCGAGCAACCACAACUUCUACACCCACCAUGGCAGCGUCGCUCGCGGCUGCUUUACCGAAGCCGAAGUACACAGGUGAAGAUGAAGAUAUCCCCGUGCACGCCCAACAACGCGGUCCUCGGAUUGUUGGAGCCGGUCAAAUAGAUGAAUCGCAGAUCGUCCUACGAAGAACGGGACCACCGCCCUACGGCCAACGAGCAGGAUGGCGACCGCGAGGACAAGAAGAUUUCGGCGAUGGCGGUGCUUUUCCAGAAAUCCCAGUCGCGCAAUAUCCUUUGUCGAUGGGCAAAGAGUCAAAUACAAGCAAUGCUUUAGCGAUUCAAGUCGAUGCUCAGGGUAAAGUCAAGUACGAUGCCAUUGCGAAACAGGGACACGCCGAGGGAAGAAUAGUUCACGCGUCAUUUAAGGAUCUAAUACCGCUUCGACAACGCGCAGAUGCCGGCGAGAUUAACUUGGAGAGGCCUAGCGAGCAAGAGGUGGCGGAAACAACAGAAAAAACAGCGAAAGCUCUCGCAGCGCUGGUUAGCGGCGCUGUAGCGGCUCAGAAACCGAAGAAUGUUAAUGUUGGAUCGCGAAAAGAUCCCACAUUCGUACGAUAUACACCGGCAAAUCAAAUGGGCGACAACUCUAAGAAGCAAGACCGUAUUAUGAAAAUCGUGGAAAGACAAAGAGAUCCUAUGGAACCACCUAAAUUUAAACACAAAAAGAUUCCGCGAGGCCCCCCGAGUCCUCCGCCGCCCGUUAUGCACUCACCACCGCGAAAAUUGACCGCCGAAGACCAAGAGAUGUGGAAGAUCCCACCUCCAGUAUCGAAUUGGAAGAAUCCCAAGGGUUUCACAGUUCCACUUGACAAGCGAUUAGCAGCAGAUGGAAGAGGAUUACAAGAUGUCGCGAUCAACGACAAGUUCGCGCAAUUCUCCGAGGCGCUCUUUAUGGCGGAUCGGCACGCCCGCGAAGAAGUCCGGCAACGAGCGCUCAUGCAACAGAGGCUCGCAGAAAAAGAGAAGGCGCAGAAGGAAGAAAAUUUGCGCAUGCUUGCACAAAAGGCUCGGGAAGAACGCGGUGGUCCUUCGAAACGUCGCGACUCAAGGACGUCCCGCGAUUCGCGAUCUCGUUCGCGUUCACGCAGCUAUAGCUACUCCGAAUCCGGAUCGGAUAGUGAGGAUUCGGAGAUUCGCGAAAGAGAAAAGGCUCGCCAAGAGAAGCGGCGAGAGGAAGAGCGCAAGCUCCGCCAGUCUCGCAUGGGAGCCGAGAGACGAGUCCAGGUUAUGGCGCGAGAACAAAACCGUGACAUAUCCGAGAAGAUUGCGCUUGGUCUGGCGAAACCCACUCAGCAAGCCGAGUCCAUGUACGACUCACGUUUAUUUAAUCAGUCUAGUGGUUUCGACAGUGGGUUCAACGAGGAUAAUCCUUAUGAUAAGCCGUUAUUUGCCGCUCAGGAUGCUAUUAGCAGUAUAUACCGACCGAGUCAAAACAUGGACGAAUACGAAGAUGAAGGAGCCGGAGAUCGAGAAAUGGCCAAAAUCCAGAAAACGAGUCGAUUCGGUGAGGUAUUGGGUAAGGGGACGUUUAAAGGGGCCGGCGACGCUGAGGCGCGAGAAGGGCCAGUUCAAUUCGAGAAGGAAGUUGGCGGUAAUGAUCCUUUCCAAAUGGACAAGUUUAUGGCUGAGGUGGAUCAAAGCUCUUCGUCAAAAAGAGGCUACGGAUUACAAGAGGGAGAAUCGAGGCAGCCGAAACGUGCUCGAGUCGAUGAGGACGAGGAUUGAAAACUCUUAUAUCCCGGUUAUUCUCUGUUGUACAUAUACACCACCUUGGGAGAGGUCAUCCGAGCGCUCGAGGUGUUUUGUGACAUUAGUUUCCAUUUUCACAGUGGAAUGUAUAGCAGCAUCAGCGCCUACUUCAGUUUUGUAUGGUGCUGACAUGCCUUGUUGGUCUGUAAGACAGGUUGACCAACCGCAUAUAAUAGAGACCCGAGAUUAUGGAAGGAAUU